AAAGGAGAGCACUAAUAUUAUAAAAAAACCUGUUAUAAAUAAAAUAAUUAAUUGAAUAUUGCCGAAGCUCGAUGAAACAUAAUGUAUUAUAAACAUGUAUAUAUAAUUUCGAAAUUCGUUGAUUGAAACCAUCAAAUGCGAAGAAACAAAAUGUUAUCAGGACAGUUAUCAAAAGCAAUAAUCAUUUCUGUACAUUCGAAUAAUUGAUAUCAUGGUUUCAAAUAUUAGUCACUCUAGUAUACCAUAGUCUUGCGGAUAAAGGGUGCCAUUUAAAAUAUGCUUAUCAUUCACGGUUGAAGGCAGAUAAUUCAAAAAUUGCAAUUGUAAUCUUUAAUCGAACCAUAGGGCAAAAUUUUACCAUCGUCAUGAUUCCAUACAAGUAUGGGUGACCAUAAUCUUAUCAAGUAACAGAAAAACUUGCUAUAAAUUUGGGUCUGAGCUUGUAAGCAGCAUUAGCAUACUAGCUUAUCCACUAAGCGUUUCAGUUUUGAUUCACUUUAAAUCAUAAAACAAAACUAUGAGUUUCAAAAACAAAAUGGUGUUAAUCACUGGUGGGAGCUCUGGUAUAGGAGCUGCAACUGCAGAGCUGUUUGCUAAAGAAGGUGCUGACGUCGCUAUAGUAGGAAGAAACGAAGAAAAACUGAAGAAUACAGCUGAGAAAUGUGUGAAACUUGGCGCUAAAGUACUCAUCAUAAAAGCAGACGUCGCAGUCGACAGUGAUUUAAAAACAAUUAUUCCGAAAACUAUCGACAGAUUCAAUAAACUCGACGUACUUGUCAACAACGCUGGUAUACUGACUGCAGCAACAAUUGAAGAUGAGAACUUAAUGGGAACUUUUGACAAAACUAUUAACACAAACCUGCGCUCCACUGUCUACUUAACCAACUUGGCUGUUCCGUACCUGAUCAAGACUAAAGGUAAUAUUAUCAACAUAUCCAGCAUUCUAGGAGUGUCAACUCUUGGGAAACCUGAACGUUUGUCGUACUGUGUCUCCAAGGCUGGUAUGGAUCACUUCACUCGAUCUGCCGCAUUACAACUGACGUCAUCGGGUGUGAGGGUUAAUACUGUCAGUCCAGGAUCUACUAGGACUGACAUAGCAACGAACGCUGGUGUCCAGUCAUCUUGGGAGGAUACAGCUAAGAGAUUCAACAUAGAGAGAGUAUCGGAACCGGAAGAAAUUGGAGAUUUAAUAGUAUUCCUGGCCAGUGACAAGGCCAGGAGUAUAACUGGAUCCAAUUUCUAUAUUGACAAUGGUACUCUACUGAAGAAUUAAAGCAGUCAGUGAUCUUUGGAAACUCAUUUCGGUCAAUGAAACUCAUUAUGAAAUCUUUGUUCUUUUUUUCUAAUAUUGACAAUAUUUUUGGUAUUGUUUGUAAUAAAGACUGUAUCUAUAAUGUA